AUAGCUGUUCUUCGGCAAAUUUUAUGCUUCUUAAUGCACCAAUAGCCGAAGAAGUCAUCGGACUCAUACCGAAUGGUGGUACCCUCGAGGCGCUUCUAGUUUUUCACGUUAUCAUCUCACGGAUCAUCGAGAGGCAAAAAAGAUGAAGAACCGCUUGGACGAAUUUCGAUCGUUCACAGUCAAGUAACGGCAGCGAACAGGAUGGCAUCAGGAAGGAAUUCGAUUUUUUGGUGUGUCGGUUUUUGUUUUUUGGUUCUGGCGGAGGGAGGGCCCAGGAGGUCCCAAAGUAGAAACAAGGACAAAGACGAACGACCUCAGCUGGUGUACGACCAGAAGCAGACCGGAGAUUAUAAUAUCCAGUUGCACUUAAAGGAUUUCCAGAUUAUCGCCCUUUUGGGGGAUGACGGGUUGGGGGAUUACGAAUAUGACUACGACUAUUCUGACUUCACAAUAAAACCGUCAGGACCCACCACGUCAACCAGCACAACUUCCAAACCCUCCUCAACCACCACUCAAGGUUCUACCACUAGAUCCUCAAGCUCACCAUCUUCAGUUGCGAGCACCACCUCACCAGCAAAGCCAUCAAUGGUUCCAAACCUUCAACCAGAUUCACUUGAAAUAGUGCUACUGGAACCCACAAAAAAACCCAUUGAAAACGCCACUUUUAAAAAACCCUUGGAAGAAUCUUUGAAUAUUCAAGGAGGUUCAACUGAAGAAUCUUCUUCUUCUUCUUCGAGCACGCCAUCAAUUCUUUCACUAAGGCUCUCCUCACCAAAACCAGACUCUUUGGAUAAAAUUAAAGUUCAAAUUGUGGAAGGUCCCGGGCCUUCUUUGGGUAACAACUUAUUGCCAUUGGGGAUAGUACCUGGGGAAGAUGUCCAAUCAGACUCUGGUGAAGUCUUACAAGGGGAGAUUGCGAGUUAUAGGAAAUGUGCCAGCGGGUUCUCUAGGGAUAAAAAAGGCCGGUGCAGGCGUCUUAGGAAACCUGCAGUAGCUUCCCAGUUGCCGUUUGGUUUUGGAAGAAUUGCUAGUAAUUUGGCUACAAGGUUAAGACUUCCCACACCGGUUUCAGAUACUGAAUUAUCAACAAAGAGUUUGUAGAAUGUUAGAUUGUUACUAAGUUUAUUUUAUUUAUUAAACCAAUAUUUUUAUAUUCAA